AUCAACAAAACGUGUCUGUGUCGCGUCCAGCCGUGAGUCAGCGAGGCAUGGGUGAACCAGCAGCCCGCUUCCCUUCAGCAGCCGCGGCUCGCCGGCGCUGAGGUGAGCACGGCAGCAGCAGGAGGAGGAGAUGGAGGAGGAGGAGGGGGAGAGGCAGAAUCCCUUCCCAGGCGCCGUUCCUCUACUCCACCAUGAAAGCCUCGGUCAGACUCAAGGAGAGACGCUGCUGAGUGCUGCCGCUGACGGCUGAGUGCUGCUCCUGACUGCUAUUGAUUUGUGUGGUGUGUGCUGACUCCUGCCUCCGUGUGUGUGCUGACCCCUGUGUUGCACCCCUGAGGAACCCUUUGUGUGCCCCUCCUGCGUGGCUUGAGUGGACACCCCAGCUAGUGCGUGUCCGCCGGAGGUUCCGCCCCCCACGUGGCGCCCCACCCGCCCCACGCCCCGAGGAUGGGCAAUGAGGGCGGCAAGAUCACCAGCUACGACGACCUCUGCAUCGACGGGCUGGCUGGCGGCGGCGGCAGCGGCGGCGAGGGCGGCGUCUCGCUGGACUCGGGGCUGCGGGGCCUCAGCGCGCGGCGCACCACCAGCCUGGUGUUCGGGCGGCGGGCCAGGGUGGCGGCGGCCUCAGGGCCCGACAGCAACUCCAGCGACGACAGCGGCGGCUUCCGCACGGAGUGGAGCGAGGGCGAGGCGGCGGCGGGCGGCGGCAGGGUGAGGGUGCGGGGCGUGCUGAGGCGGCGGCGGCAGCCCAGCGACGCUACUCCUUCCCGGCAGGCCUCUGAGGGGGCGGGGGGGCGGCGAGCCCUGUACGCUGACUCCUCCUCUCCACUCUCCACCCGCGACAAUUCUCCGCACCAACCCAGCGGCGAGGACGCCUCAGGGGCACGGGAGGGGCGGAGCCCCUCGCCCCCCACGCCAGUCAUGGCCGAGGCCAGGGGUGUUGCGCCCCCAUCGCAGGUGAACGGACAUAAGGAGCAGCAGCCGGCCUCGUGCCGCCCCUCCAAGCCUCCCCCCUACCCCCCGCCCCGUUCCUCCUCCUUCAAAGAAUUCAUCUUUCCACUCUCGCCGUCCACCGCGGCCCUAGCCACAUCCACCGCCGCCCCCUCCACCUCCGCCGCCGCCGCCACCACCCCUGCCACUUCCACCACCACCGCCACCACCACCAUCGCCAGCACCACCACCGUGUUGGUGGAGGUUCAUCGAAACGGGAAGCCCCGUGCGGCGCUGCCUGGCGGGGCGGAGGCUGCGGACACCAGGCGUGGCGGCGGCCUCCUGAGGCCACAGGUUAGCGCGGGGUCGGGGCCGUCCAGCAGCGAGACGCUUCCCCCAACGCCCCGCUCUGGCCGUCGCCCCUCCGUCGCCGCCGCCGCCGCCUCUCCCCCCCUCACCAACAUUGACACCUGCAGGACGUCCCCGCGGCCCGAGGGGGGAACGCCGCCCCCGGCACCCCGCCCCGCCCCGCCCCUUGCCGCCGCCGCCGCCGCAGCAGCAGCAGCAGCAGCAGCAGCAACCGUCAAUACCAGACCACAAUUCAGGAAGUCAUCAGACAUCGCCUCGCUUUACCUGCACGGGGCCCACCUGGGGCGCCGACCCCCGCCCCUACCCGCCUCGUGGUCGGCGCGCCGCAUAUUGCUAACGGGGCACGUGCGGCGGCUGGCGCGGCGCUUCGAGCGGCAGGCGAGCAGCGGCGGGGAAGCCCAGGACUCCAGCGACGACGAGUCGUGGCUGCCCACCAGCGUCAGGCUCCGGCGGCUGCUGCGGCGCACACAGGGGCUCGUUGCAACCACACAAACACAUCGGCGCCCCCCGCCGCCGCCACCCCGCACAGAUUCUAAGCGCCUGAGUGGGAGCGUUCGGCGGCAUGACAGUGACCUGGAGCUGCUGGUGCGGGAGGGCGAGGCCGUGUCCAGCCGCCUGCGCUCCCUCCUCACCCACAACCUAGGACCCUCCCCGCGCCCCGCCUCCGCCGCCGCCCGGGGACGACGCGCCGCCUCCACAGACUCCGCCAGACACCACUCCUUGGAGCGUGACCCUGGGAGUGCCCGUGGCGGCAGAGAGUCCCCUUGGCGUAGCCUGAGCCGCGGGGACCUGACGGGUGAGGAGAGCGAGAGGGAUGAGUCUUUCCACCACCCGCCCAGAGCCAGGUCCCUCACCGACGUGCGCCGCGCCCCCCACCACACCCACCACACCUCCUACCUGCCCCCCUCGCCGCCCCCGCGCAGACCUGGAGGGGCCACGAGCACUCCCCUCAAUACUGGCCUGACCCCAAGAGGCGGAGGGGUAGGGGGAGGGGCGGGAGGAGGCGCAGGAGUUGGAGGAGGAAGGACAUCAACGCGGCGUGACCUUUUCCCGCCGAGUGUCCCCAGCACGCCCCUGUCCGUGGGUCACCUGGCGUCCUCCCCCGCCCUCGCGAUGGACGACCCCGAGAUGUACAGAUUAGAGGAGGAGACGCGUUACCUACAAACUGAGGUGCGUCGCCUUGAGGACAUGCUGACAACCUCGCGAGCUGAGCAUGAAACCGUGUCUGUCCGGUACAAUGCCCUGUCCGACCAUGUUGCGGACGAGUGGCAGGAGUACCAGAAGAGACUUGAGUAUUUCAACGAGGUGCACCGCAAGCAGACAACCCUCAUAGACCGGCUGGCCAACAAAGUUCGUGAGUACAGAGGAAGAUGUCGAGAGCUGGAGCUUCGCUCAACCGAGUCCACUCGGCUGAGGGAAAGCACCGAGCGCGAGUUGGAGACCCUCAACCUGGCCCUCAGCACUGCCGAGGAGAGGCUGAGGGCAUCUGAGGCUCAGCACACCUUUGACCUUGAGACAGCACUGGUCAAGCUGGAGGAUGAGCAGAGCAGGUGUGAGGCAUACAACAGCCAGGUGGCCAACAUGCAGGACCAGGUGGCCCAGAUGGAGGCGACAGUGACCCAGGUGACGGACGAACGAGACAAGGCACAGACUGCUCUCAAGCGCUUGACCGAUGAAGUCAAGGCUAAGGAGGAGCAGUGGGCCUCAGAGUCUCAGCGAUUCAACAACUACUACAUCUCGGGCCACAAGAGUCUCCUGGACUUGUGGCGGGAGAUCGGGUCCGUCAAACGCAAUUUCUCCGAGGUCAAACAUCUGACCUCUCGUGACCUCACCGAGCUGAAGGGCGACCUCGAGCGCUACGCCCAUCAGCUGACCUCCGCGUGCAACACAGCGCAAGCCAACAUGAGCUACAUCCCCACCGGAGAACGGGACGAGUAUGUGGUGGCCAACCCCGCCGACCUGUGGGGCCGCAUCCAGGAGUGCGAGAAGGCCCAGAUGCGAGCCGAGGCCGAGAAGGGGACGCUCAAGGAGAGGAUCAACGACCUCAACUCCAGGAUCUCGGAGCUCAACAACAACCUCCGGGACAAGGACCGCACCAUACAGGACCUCAACAAGAAGCUGGAUGAAGGGGUGGCCGAGGCGGACUAUCAGGAGACCCUCAAGGAGAAGGUGCGGACCCUGGAGGCGUACAUGGUCGAGAUCGCGCAGACGGUCAUCAAGGACUCGGAGCAGAGCACAGGGGAGGGCGAGGCCAAGGCUCCCUCCGCGUUCAGGGCCACACACAGACCCGUCACCUUCCCUCGUGUUGGCAGGAUCGUGCGGGACACCGAGCAAGGAGUGGCCCCAGACCUCCCUCAGAGCACUGUGUCAGCAGUGCGCACAGCUCUCUCCAACCGGCAAGUUCAGAUACACGAGCUGCAGCUGAAGCUCAACUCAUCCAAGGAUCAGUUGACGUCCCUUCGCAAGCAGUAUGAAAGUGCCGAGGCAUCACAACGCUCCCUGGAGUCCACCAUCUCAGAGCUUCGGGAUGAGCUGGAGGCCGUCACUCGCCAGAGGGAGGAGGUGGCCAGGGAGAAGGAUCGCCUCACAGAAGACCUUGAUGCCAUCUCCGCAGAGAAGAACACCCUUGAGAAGACGCGGCAGUCCUUGAAGACCCAGCUGGAGACUGCGCAAGAGGAGACCAGUCGCAAAAGUCGUCUGAUAUCAGAGCUUGAAAAGGAGAAGGCGGCACUCGGGGAGGAGCGGGCUUACUUGAACUCCCGGCUGGCCAAGGAGAAGGAGGAGGUGCAGAAACACACACACACCAUCAGCGUCCUUAACUCAGAGCUCGCCAGUGUCCACCAGCAGGUAACUGUUUUGUCUGAGUCCCUGGGGAAGGUGAGAGCAGCUGAGGAGCGACUGGACCAGGAGAAGGACGACCUGAGGGACCAGAUACGCUCCAUGGAGAGGCAGCGAGCAGACCUGGAAGCAAAACUCGCCCAUUCACUCCGCCAGGAAAUUGACAUGAGGGAAGCACUGGAAAAGGUUGAGGCGUACAGCAUCACACUGGGCCAGGACAAGUCGCAGCUGGUGGCCAAGAUCACAUCUCUGGAGACAGAGCGUGCAGCCCUUGGCACCGAGCGCGCUGAGCUGCGUUCAGAUAUAGAGAGGCUGAAGGAUGACCUUGAAGCCCUGAGUGAAGAGCGAGCCAGCCACGAAGCCUCCAUCACUGCCCUCAAUGAGAAGAUCACACUCUUCACCAUUGACAAGGAGAAGAUUGAAAUUGAGUUGACGGACACCAUCUCUGAGAGGAAUGAGAUCCAUGGGCAGCUGGUGGCACUGGAGCGCAUCAAGACCUCUCUGGAAGGGGAGCUGACGGCACUCAAUAACACCGUGAUGGAGAAGAACAAGCUGGUGGACCAACUCAAUGCAGACAAGGAGAGUCUUACCAAGGAAAAUGCCGAGAUGGAGGUGCGACUGAGCGGAGCAGAGAAGGAGAUCAGUGUCUUGCGGGAUUCCCUCUCAACACUUAAAACAGAGAAGCAGAGCGUGGAGAGUUUUGCGUCAUCCCUGGAGAAAAAAUGGUCCAACAGCGAGGCAAGGAAGGCACAGCUGGAGAAGGACACCCAGCAGCUGACGGCAGACAAAGAAAAACUACACACACAGAUGAACAAGUUGCAGCGGGAGCUUGAAGGAGAACUUGCCAAAGUGCGUGAGGCUCGGACGGCUCUGGAGCGGCGGCUCGACGAGAAAGAGACGGAACACAAAAAGAUCCUGAUGCAGCUGAGGGACCAAAAUGAGGAAGCCCUGGAUGCCCUGAGGAAAGAGAAGAAUAACAUCCAGACACAGCUGGAAGACAGGCUGAACAUGACCAUCCACAACAUGAAGAUGGAGAGAGAUGAACUGGAGUUGAAGAAGGAUCAAGAAAUAUCAUCCCUCAAGCGCUUCACCGAGAAGCUCCAGCGAGACAAAGAUGAUUCAACCCUUCGCUUUGAGGAGGAGAAACACCGCUCCAUGAUGCUCGCCCAGCAGGAGAUAGCCAGCCUGGAGGAAAAGGUUGCUGGGCUGCAGCGAGAUCUGUCAUCAUACGAGACGCAACUUGAUCACUUGCGUCGUGAAGGGUCGUGCAAGGCAGAGGCAGGGCGAGCCAGCGAGGGGGCUCUGCACAGCAAAAUCAUUCAGCUCAAAGAGGAACUUCACUCCAAUAGCCAAGCCUUUGAAAAGCAGCUCAAGGAUGAGAAGGACUCCUAUGAGCGAAGGAUACGAGAACUUCAGCUUCGAUUGGAUGAUGCUCGAAGAGAGGGUGAGGUGGAGGCCACAGCCAUCAAGACAGACCUUCGGUUGGCAAGGGAGGAUGUGUGUCGCCUGCAGCAAGACCUAGAAGAUGCUGAGGAGAAGCUAAAUGAUGCGGAGGAGAAGAGAGCAGCCUUGAAGAAAGAGAUCAGUCGACUCAACGAUGACAUGAGGUCUUCUGAGGAGCGUCGGUCAAAUGAGCUGCAGAACUUCAUCAAAAAAUCUGAUCAGGAGAAGAAAGACUUACAGAAGCGAUUGGAUGACAAGGAGAGCAAACUGAGCACACUGGAGAUCUCUGAGGCCAAGCAUGCAGAUCUGAUUGCCCGGAUGACGGCUCAGCUCCGAGAACUGAACUCAGUGAAGCAGGACACACAGCGGGAGGCAGGAGAGCUGAAGAAGAAGCUGCAGCUCCUUGAGACUGAGGGCCUCAGCAAGUCACAGGAGCUGGAGAACUUGCGCCUCCGCCUCUCCUCCGAGGAAGACAGGCACAACGAGAGCCGCAAGGAAGCCACCAAACUCAAGACAAAGUUGGCUGAGUAUGAGCGUGACAGAGACAACCUUCAGACUGAGUUGGCUCUGCUGGAGCGCCGACUCACCGAGCUUGAGGAUCACCACGCCGCCAAGGAACACGAGCUGGCCACCAGCCUGGAGGAGUCCCGUGCAAAUGAGCGUAAACUGAAUGAUGAGAAGAAGAACCUUGAGAACUACCUGAAUAAUGCCAACCAGCAGAUCAGCAACCUCAAGGUUAAGUUGUCCCGAGAGGAGGGUCAUGUGGAGGCCUUGGAGCAACAGCUUGGGAUGUUGGAUAACACUCGGGAGCAACUGGAGAAGAAGUUGCAGAAUGUGUACGCUUCGCUGCGCACGGUUACCCGCAUGUACCAAGACAUCACUCCCGCCUCCCCGUCUCUCCGUUCCAGGAAGGGCACGAAGAUUGGUUUCGAGCUGUCUGGUAGCCAGACAGACUUGCAGGCGUCCCUCGAAUCUCUGGGAUCACCUGAGAAGAUCAAUGUGUCCGAGAUUGACCCUGAGGCUGUGCGUCAUGAGCUGAGGGCUCUGAUGACACAGAUGAACCAAGUGGAGCUGGAGAGGGAUGAUGCAGUGGCUCGUGUUGCGAGCCUCGAGCGCCAACUCUCAGAGCUCCAGGAGGUGCACCAAAAGUCUGAGGCACGGCUGAGGGACGUCACACGCACCCUCUCUGAGCUGGAGGAGAGGAAGCGUUAUGCUGAUGAUAAACUCAACAAGGCAGUCUCACAGUCCAGCCAACAGGAGGACUCUCUCCGCCGCAAGGAGAGUGAGAUACGAUCCCUAAACGAGGAACUGAGCAACACACGCCGCAAGAUGUCUGACCUGGAGCAGGAGAGAUCCACCCUGAACGACCGUGUACAAAAGCUCAAGAACGCUGUUGGUCGCAUUGAAAUGGAGAACACUGACAUAAGGGAGAAGCUACGAGCUGCAGAGCAACGAGAGACUCUUCUAGACGAAUCCAAGGCGAGGCUGGAGGGAGAGCUCAGCUCAGCCAAGAAGAAUUCAAGUGAAAAGCACAUGGAGAUUGAGAACCUGCACGUAGCACGGGAGAACCUGAACCGGACAGUGCGAACCCUUGAGGACCAGAAUGCUUCACUGCGCAACAAAGUGGAGGACAUGAAGACCAAGCUGGCAUCCCUGUCCAAGUCAGAAGAUGAGCUCAAGGACAAACUGUCGUCCAUGAAUCGGUCCCUAAAGGAGGCUGUGUCAUCCUCAGGCAACAUGCAAGAAGACUUAAGCAGGUCCCAGAAUCUGCUGAGUCGCAGCGACGCAGAGCGGCGACAGCUGGAGGAGCGAGUGGCUGACCUGCAGAGUACAGUUAGUGAGCUGAAGCGGCAGAAAGACCAAUUGUCUGAGUACAAGAACAAGGCUCAGCAAGACCUGUCCAAUGCAGAGAUCAGGAAUGCUGAGCUGGAGAUGGCCAUGAAGUCUCUUAAAGGGAACCUUGGUGAGCGAUCAUCCUCAUCGGAUGAGCUCCUCUCAAAGGUCUCCCGUCUGGAACAAGAGAAGGCAGAGCUGCGCUCUCAACUGGCUGACAUGGAGAGAAGGUUGGCCAUAAGUGAGGCAGAAAAAAAGGAUUAUGAAAAGGCUGAAUAUAGACUUGAGAAGGACAAAUCUGAUCUCAAGAAAAUCUUGAAUAAGUAUGAGCAUGAGAGAAAGGACACACGUCGCCAUCCGCCUGAUAUGGGAAGGACAGACCAGCCUUACAUGGACUCAUCAGUGAGCAGUCUGCGUAUUGAGAACAUGGAGCUGAGGAGAAAGAUUGAUGACCUGGAAACACAAACCACAGAGAUGCAGCAGAAGCACCUGAAGGAGACAUUGGAGAUGAGCAGUGACCACCGCCGAGAACGGCAAAUUGACAGUGAAAAGAUUCGCCGCCUCACCAACCAGAUGGAGGUGAUCCGGCAGGAGAAGGAGAGGUGUGAGCUGAGAAUCCACUCCCUGGAGCAACAGAUCGCCCAGUACCGUGACCAGAUCCGGGAGUAUCGCAACAGGAGCUCAGCAGUGGCAGCAGACGUCCGACGUGUCCGAAUGUCAAUGACUGAUUCCCUCCACACUAUUGGCACCCAUCCCAGAGUCUCCACUUCGGCUCUUGACUCCGAGAUCCAGAGCCUCUCGGCUGGCCAGAGCAGGUCACCACGCUCAUCGCGCCCACGCCGCUAUGCCUCGGCCUCCCCAGGGCCGGGCCGCCGUGACCAACCUAAGAAGACGCUAACAUUUACAUGAUCUGGAGCCACAAGUCAACGUGCUCAACUUGUUUCAUCUGGCACAGGGGUUAGAUGCUAAGAAGGUCCUUGGUGUUGCAUCACCAGCUCAUCUUUGAUAGCUUGGGAUACCAAGCUGCUCAUGCUGUUGAUCACCAUGUCCAAGGGAUGAGGGGUAAUCCAUGAGGAUUCUUUUCCUUGUCCCUUCUAGCUGCAAAACUUUUACUCUUUAUCACCUGAAGAGUAAAUUGGUAGCAGCUCAAGUGGUCCACAAGGUGAGAGUGCACUGCCAGAGGUAGCUAAGCAAACUGUGUUGUGAGGAAUCGCUACAAGACACUGCCACUUUACAGUAUCUCGACCCAAGUAGUUUUGAGUUUUAAUAUCGCAGUUUCAAGCUUUGAGGGCCCUGUUGGGGAGAGAUGCUGGUAAUGAGUUCCGUUAUCUUCACUGCCAGUCUUGCAAUGUGAUAAUUUUGGUACUUUAAGAAGGACUGAACUGAACUACUUUGCAAAAAGUUCAGAAAUUUUAUGAAAUAUGUAAAUUGAUUCAACAAAUUAUGCAAACCUGACAUGCUUGUGUAAGCCACUGCAUGACAGCAAGUUCUCAAUUUCAGUUUGUCCUUCACUGCUUGUUGACAGUACAAACCAAAGAAUGAUAGUAACAUUGCUACUGGGAGUAAACUUUUUGCCUUAAACAAAUAUUACCAGCCUCGACAGAGGUACCCACCAACCAAACCCAAUAAACUGCGAUAUGAUCAAACGAUUGGCUGGGAGCAAGAACCAAGUGUCAUCUGAAACAAACUGGUAGCUAGACAAAAUUUCAAGACAGUUUAGCUAUUUGUAGUUUCAGAUGGGAAAAAAUCAAAUUAUGCACAUUCCUAGCAAAUAGAAAAUGAACACUAGCCUUAGACACUUCCCUUCGUCCAUUUGGUGUGCCUUCUUUUGUUCAGUGAGGAACAAUUACAAUUUUUAUAGCAAAUUCAAAGGCAGCAAAAUGCCAACAACCUGGCAAUGAAAGGGCAACCACCUACUAUACUAUUCUUGAAUGCAUUACCUACUACAGCAUGCUAAAUACUUUGCAACAUUGAGAAAACCUAAUUGUGGAUUUGUUUCACUAAAAACCCAAACUUCAAAGAAAUUUCCAUCAAAUUGUAAAAUGUAUAUUACUAAAAUUUGGUCUGAAUACCUCAAUAUCUAACUGUUGGCCCUUAGCAGUGCCUUUGUAAGUGUUCUGCUGCGGUUACACGUUACAUUACUGUAACACUGUAAUUAGCAUACAAUUUUAUUUUGUUCUUUAAAUAUAAAUUAUUCUCUCUCUCUUACUCUGCCCCUACACCUCUAUCUAUAGUUUAAAUGUCCUGGUUCCUCUGGGAACUACCCUUGAGGGGAUGGCUAUGUUCAUGCACUCCCUCCUUUCAACUUUCACCCUCCCCUUUAUGUGCUCCUUGAUCCACUUUGCCAGUGGUCUCCCUUCCACCCCCAGACCUCCUUUCUGACUCAUUGACCCUUUUCACAAAAUCACCAUUUAGCUUUCUCAUUUUAUAUCCAAACAAUCUCCAUCUAGCAAAUUCUCCUUGAAAUUCAAAUUUGUAACUUUAUGCACCUGUUAUGUGGUAAAGAGAGAGAACACUGUAAUUAGGUCGGUUCACAUUGCAUCUGUACAACCAUUAAGUUGAAGGAAAAUUUCACAUUAUUCCUUCACUAGGUAAUUAUUCUUUGUUUUCUUGAUUGCCUUUUUCAGUACCUUAACUUAAACAUCACUUUCUUAUUGGUCUACCAGUAGACCAACAAGUGAAGUUUAGAUCGCAGGUCACCAGUGCCGCUCAGAGUCUGCCCAAAUGUACAGCACAAACACAGGCAUUGGGACUUCCCCUUUUCUUGUGUGUGAGAAAGGAAUAUGACAGUCCCAAAGGAGACAAUGCUGUAAAUCCUGCAUUGAAUUUACAUUUUAUAAUCAUGUAACUAAAUAAUUGUUUUUACACUGUGAAGUAAGUUAUUAGUACUGUUGAAAUUGUGACAUAGAUGUUUAGAGAAACACAUGGGAUCAAGAACCUGCCUCAAAUUUUAAUAGUUUACUUUUGGGUAACUGUCAUUUGUAUUUAUAUUAGCUUAUGAAUAUGCAUGUCUUGUAGAUAGAAAAUUAAUAAAACUACAAGAAGUU